CUUGAUACUCCGUAGUUACCAAAACGGCAAACACUCAGGGUGUGAUGGACGAAUCGUCCAAAAGCUAGGAACAUUAUAUAGCCGCAGCAGAGGAACAGAGGUGAGCACUGCCGCUAAACAAUCCUGCACUCUCAUUCCAGCAAACAGGCUUUCAAGCAGCAAUGGCGACCCCAGCUCCCCACACCGAAAAGCCUCACGUGUUGUUCUUCCCAUUCCCAGCUCAGGGCCAUGUCAAGCCGGCGCUUCAGUUGGCCAAGCUCCUCCACCAUUACCAUGGCUUUCAGGUCACCUUUGUCCACACGGAGCACAACCGCCGCCGCCUCCUCCGCGCGCACCGCCCCGACGCGCUCUCGGGGAUCCCUGGGUUCUGCUUCGCCGCCGUCCCGGACGGCCUUCCCCCCUCGGACGUGAACGCGUCACAGGACAUGGCUGCCCUGCUAUUAUCCCUGGAGACAUCGGUCCCGCACUUCAGGAACCUCGUCGCAGACCUCCCGCCGGUGUCCUGCGUCAUCUCCGACAUCGAGCACAUCCUGAUCGCGGCCAAGGAAAUGGGCCUUCGCUGCGUCACAUUCUGGACCACGGGCGCGUGCGCCUUCAUGGCGUGCCAGCAGUGCCAGCAGCUCGUCGAUAUGGGCAUUCUUCCCUUCAAAGAGGCUGAGCAGCUACGGAAUGGAUACCUGGACAGAACGGUCGUGGACUGGGUGCCAGGGAUGCCCAAGCACAUUCGCCUAAGGGACUUCCCGAGCUUCAUACGCACAACGGACCCUGAAGACCCGAUGAUCAAAAUCCUGUUAAGCUCGAUGGCGUGCCACAGGACCACUCCAUCCGCCAUCAUCUUCCACACCUUCGACGAGCUGGAGCGCGAAACCAUCGCCGCAAUGGCCGGCAUCCUGCCACCGAUCUACGCCGUCGGGCCGUUGCCGCUCCUCGUCAGCCAGAUCCCCGUUGGUGGCGCACUUGACACGUUGGAAUCAAACCUUUCCAAGGAGAACCACGCCUGCCUAGAGUGGCUCAAGGGCAAGGGGCCAAACUCAGUGGUGUAUGUGAGCUUUGGGAGCAUAGCAACGCUGAAUAAAGAACAGCUAGUGGAGUUCGCGUGGGGUUUGGCUAACAGUAAACAGGAGUUCUUGUGGGUUAUCAGAGAUGACUUGGUAAACAAUGGCGCCGACGAGCCUGCCAACGUGUUGCCACCGGAGUUUUUGGAGGGGACCAAGGCGAGGAACUACAUGACGAACUGGGUCCCGCAAGAUGCGGUGCUCCAACACGAGGCGAUCGGCGCGUUCCUGACGCAUUGCGGGUGGAACUCGAUGCUGGAGAGCAUCAGCGCCGGGGUGCCGAUGUUGUGCUGGCCGUUCGGCGCCGAUCAGUACACGAACAGCAGGUACGCUUGUUCUGAGUGGCGCGUCGGCAUGGAGAUCAGCAGCGAUGCAAAGAGAGAUGAGGUAGAAUCAGCCAUCAGGGAGGUGAUGGAAGGGGAGAGGGGAAAGGAGAUGAAGAGAACGGUGAUGGAAUGGAAGGAGAAGGCGACCGUUGCUGCAAUGCCAGGUGGGCCGUCUUGGGUAAAUCUGGAGAAGGUGAUCCGUGAGGUGAUCUGCCUGGCGCAGGGUGCAGAAGAGCCUCUAGCGGAGAAGCAUAGUGAAACAUGAAAUCAUUUGUGGUUUUCACCGGCAAUAAUGAUAACAGGCAUUCAGGCAAUAUGAUAUAUAUGUGUCAUGGACUCAUGGUUGGCAAUCUCUGUCAAAACUUGAUGUUCAUCAUCAAGAAAUUAAUUGCAAAUUAUUGAUAGGUGAUCCGUAUCUGUACGUAGUAAUCAUCCAACUACAUUGUUGCUGAAGGUGCUUAUCAUGUGGUACAGUACAACCGGACACUACGUAGAGCAGUCCCUGCAAGCAAGAAGCUAGGAAGAAACAAUCGUGUUGAGUAUGCCAUGAGAUUUCAAAAAAUUAGUGACCUUUUAAAGUUUA